AUGUGUGCUGCCCUCGCCAUGGAGAAGAGAGCCAUCCAGUACACCUUCACAACCUUUGGCCUUAACUCUGACUUGGCAGUGGACGGUGAUGAUAUCUCGGCUUCACUCAACUUCUACCACUCAGCCUACAGGCUGGUGUACCCCUGGUGGGCGGUGGACCUCAGCUACACGCGAACCAUCUACAGAGUCAGGAUCACCAUGAGACAAGAUAGUUGCUGCUUAUUAAGGUCCCACGACAUCGAAGUUCGUGUGGGUGAUGUACGGGAGGAGUCUGGAAACUUGUCGUCUUACACGUUGUUCUCCACCUACAAGGGUCCGUAUGACAUCUCUCAGGGACACAUCGCCUGUGACAGGAAGGACGGCGUCUCUGGCAGAUACAUCAGUAUCCAGCGAGUGACUCCUGAAGAUCAUAUGCUCCAGCUUGUUGAGGAAGAGGAAGAUAUCUUUUGUAUAUCUUUGUCCCUUCACUGA